GCAUGGAUAUUGCAAGCUCGCAUUGCAUUCAGGUGUUACCUUACACAUCUAUAAUCAGCAGAAUGUCUUCCUUGGGUUUCUCCUCUCCUGGCUUUCUUCAGCUUCUUUAUAUCUUGAAAUUCUUUUGCCUCCUACCGCUAGUCAUCGGUAGCAACGAAACCGAAAGUGAUCGACAAGCUCUCCUUUGCUUAAAGUCCCAGCUCACUGGUUCAGCUGAAGUUUUGUCCUCAUGGAGCAAUGCAUCUAUGGAAUUCUGCAGCUGGCAUGGGGUCACUUGCAGUACACAAUAUCCACGCCGUGUCACUGCUCUUGAUCUCUCAUCAGAAGGAAUCACAGGCUCCAUAUCACCUUGUAUUGCCAACCUCACUUAUCUUACAAAGCUCCAACUGUCAAAUAAUAGCUUUUAUGGCAGCAUACCAUCCGAGCUCGGCUUCCUAACUCAACUCAGCAUCCUCAACAUUAGCAUGAACUCUUUAGAAGGUAACAUUCCAUCUGAACUCACUUCAUGUUUCAAGCUUCAAAAGAUCGACCUUAGCAACAACAAACUCCAAGGGAGCAUACCUUCUGCUUUUGGGGAUCUUACUGAGCUUCGAACACUUAUACUCACUAGCAACAGGCUUUCUGGUGACAUACCACAAUCAUUGGGAAGCAACCUUUCACUAACUUAUGUCGAUCUUGGGAGGAAUGCUCUCGCAGGGAGAAUUCCACAAUCAUUGGCAAGCAGUACAUCUUUGCAGUUUCUUAUUCUCACGAGCAAUACCCUUAGUGGAGAACUCCCAAAGGCUCUCUUAAACAGUUCAUCGCUUAUUUUUCUUGACCUCCAACAGAAUAACUUUGUUGGUUCUAUACCACCUGUUACGGCAAUAUCGCCGAAAAUGUACUAUCUUGAUUUAAGAUUCAACCAUCUCACAGGAACAAUACCUUCCUCACUUGGAAAUCUUUCCUCCCUAACUUAUCUUUGUCUUAUAGGGAACAAUUUAGUUGGGAGCAUCCCAGAUACCCUAGGCCAUGUUCCAACACUAGAGACACUGGCAGUUAAUGUAAACAACUUGUCAGGGCCAGUUCCGCCAUCUAUCUUCAACGUAACAUCACUGACAUAUCUUGGAAUGGCAAACAACUCUCUCACUGGAAGAUUACCCUCAAACAUUGGCUACACGCUCCCAAAUAUUCAGCAAUUAAUCCUCCCGAAUAAUAAAUUCAGUGGCUCAAUCCCGAGUUCGCUUCUUAAUGCAUCCCACCUGCAGAGACUUUUCCUUACUAAUAACAGCUUCACUGGGCAUAUACCAUUCUUUGGAUCAUUGCAGAAUUUGGAGAUCCUUGACAUGGCAUACAACAUGCUAGAAGCAGGUGACUGGAGCUUUGUCUCGUCACUCACAAAUUGCUCCAAAUUGACUCAACUGCUUCUGGAUGGGAAUAAUCUUCAAGGGAACCUACCAAGUUGUAUUGGUAACCUGUCUAGUAGUCUUGAGCACUUGUGGCUAAGAAAUAACAUGAUUUCUGGGCUUAUACCACCAGGGAUUGGCAACCUUAAGAGUUUGAAUACGUUGUACAUGGAUGACAAUUAUUUAACCGGCAAUAUACCACCCACAAUUGGAUAUUUACACAACAUGAAUAAGUUGUACAUGGAUUACAAUUAUUUAACCGGCAAUAUACCACCUACAAUUGGAUAUUUACACAGCAUGGUCUUCCUGUCCUUUUCACACAACAGACUCUCUGGGCAAAUCCCUGGCACUAUAGGCAACCUUGUUCAACUGAAUGAACUGCGUCUUGAUGAGAAUAACUUGAGUGGAAGCAUACCUGCGAGUAUACGUCACUGCACUCAACUCACAAAACUCAACCUUGCUCACAACUCACUUCAUGGGACCACUAUUGCAUCUUAACGGGUAAUACAUUGUGACACCAAGCCAAGCAACAUUCUUUUAGGUCAUGAGAUCAUUGCAUACGUCAGUGAAUCUAGUUUAGCAAGAUUUAUACGCAUCAGAUCAAAUUCAUAUCAAGAUAGUUCAACAAGUUUGUCUUACCUAAAAGGAUCUGUAGGGGCAAGAUUUAGGGAGUUUGAGGUUGGAUUUUGGGGGCAGCAGGGGGCAGACUGGGACACUAUCCCUUGGUGUGGUGGGGAGGUGCCGGUGGCUUGCACUGAUGGAGACGACACUGGUGGUGAUGCAGAAUUGCGUAGUUCCAUUGGUGAGAACAGUCUUUUGCUCCAUGACUUCACCCGAAGACCAACGGAAAUGGGCCAAGUUUGUACGGAUAUACUCAAAAUUAAGCAUAUAUAUACUACUUGAUACCAAGCACUUUGCUACGGUUCACGUGGAUGAAUACAUGUCAUACAUUAUAAAAAGGACGUGACUACAUAGAGACUGUACUUUAUAUUGUCUUAACUAGAAACUCAUCUCAGACCUUGUUGAUACAUGUCUUUUUUUUCUUCUUAUAGAUUUUUCUUUUAAAUUAUUUAUCCGAUUUAUAAUCCGAUUACACCAUUGUUCGUUACAAUUAAAUCUUUACAACAAGAUCUU